AUGUCCAGACUGGAGGCCUCUGACGUCAUCAGCACGUGCAGUCACCCCCACCUGGUGUUUAUGUACGGCACCCUCAAGUCCACCGAGCCCAACCACCACCACCUGUUCGCCAAGGGUCCGCAGGGCGCCCAGUUUGUGGGACACGCCCGGACCGUCGCCAAGUAUCCGCUCCUGGUGACCACGCCCUUCAACAUCCCCUUCCUGCUGCACAAGGAGGGGACGGGACAUCGAAUCAUCGGCGAGCUGUACCGUCUGGACGACGAGACCAUGGCCUACGUGGACUGGUUCGAGGACCACCCCAACUGGUACCAGAGGCGGCAGGUCCCCGUGGAGCUCUUCACUGACAAGAUGGAGAACAGCACCACGCCCCUGACUGUCACGUGCUGGAUGUACGGGCUACACAGGUUCAAGGACAGCCUGCUAGAGCUCCCCCUGGUGGAGGCCUACUACGACAAAAAUCGCGAGUUGGGCAAGCGCUACAAACCUUACAACAUGGGCAGGGACGAGCCGCUCUGUCAGUACCUCUUCGACGACUAGCACUCGCUAGCAGGUAGCACUCGCUAGCAGGAGGCACUCGAUAGUAGGUAGCACUCGCUAGCAGGCAGCACUCGCUAGCAGGUAGCACUCGCUAGCAGGUAGCACACGCCAGCAGACAGCACUUGCUAGCAGGUAGCACACGCCAGCAGACAGCACUUGCUAGCAGGUAGCACUCGCUAGCAGGUAGCACUCGCUAACAGGUAGCACUUGUUGACAUUGGUAGCCCAAACUGCUACCUAGAGGAGGGCAGCCAGCGAUCAAGAACUCCUGCUCAACAAAAAUUAAAAGUGAUUGACUUUUGAGAAACUUUUCAAUUGAGCAAUGCAGCGGCUGUGAUUUCUUUUGUGUACACGUUCCCAUAAUGUUGUGUGUACGAUAUAUUUUGUACAUGUUCCCAUAAUGUUAUGUGUACGAGAUAUUUUGUACAUGUUCCCAUAAUGUUGUGUGUACGAGAUAUUUUGUACAUGUUCCCAUAAUGUUGUGUGUACGAGAUAUUUUGUACAAGUUCCCAUAAUGUGUGUACGAGAUAUUUUGUACAUGUUCCCAUAAUGUGUGUACGAGAUAUUUUGUACAUGUUCCCAUAAUGUUGUGUGUAUGAGAUAUUUUGUACAUGUUCCCAUAAUGUUGUGUGUACGAGAUAUUU